AUGACAAGCAGACACGGCAGUGGUUAAACAAAAAAUGUUCACUAGAAAACUUUUUGCCUUUAACCAGAAGAAAAAGGAAAAAGCUUGAGAUAGGCAAUGAUGGUUCAACAGACUAAACAAUUUUGUCGAAACAACGUGCUAAUAUUUCUUAUAUAUUUCACGAUUACUGCAGCUCAGAAUAUCACACUUUAUAACUACAAGCAAAGUGACAGUGUUACAAGUUGUUUUACGGGAUUAAUACAAGAAAGGGAUCGAUUUGUAUUUCACAGCGAUGUUGAUUUCAAAAACGCAUCAUCUGACUGGUCAAGAAUCAUAGGAUUUCAAUACAAACCGCCAACAAGUACAGAUUAUAUACUUUUCUGUUUGGUAGACCUAAGAUCUGUAUGCUCUGGAAUAGAUGGGUCCAAAUGUUACUGUAACUAUACCGACACAAAUGGAGUUUAUCACAUCGUCAUUGACGCCACAGCACUAAUCGCGUUUAGCAACAGUUCAUUACGCGGAUAUAUAUCAUACAAUUUCAACACCACAAGCUUCAGUUCUUCUCAAGUCAUCCCAACAAUUUAUGGUAAAAUGGCUUUUUAUGUUGUGUUUAAUCAUGAAAAAAUUAUUGCAACAACCAAAAAGUUUUAA